AUGGUCCGACUUUCGGCACUCUCCGCGGUCGCAUUGGCUGCCGCUGGCGCCGCUGCAGGUGCCGACUGCACCGGCGUGAACGCUGUCAGCUCAAAGUGCAGCCCUCAGGAAAGUCUGCAUCAUCGAGAGUUCUUCUACGUGGGAGGCCAAAGCGCACCGGACCCGACAGGCAACAUCACAAUUGGCCAGAUCUAUGUCGAGAAGCUUACGCCCAUUAUUAAAGUUCGGUCGACCCCUCUUGUCUUCCUUCACGGCGGUGGCAUCUCCGCCACCACAUGGCUCAACACCCCUGACAACCGCCCGGGGUGGGCGACUUACUUCCUGCAGAAGGGAUAUCAGAUUUAUCUGAUCGAUGCGAACAGCAUCGGACGGUCCACCGCCAACAACCCGGCGAACUUCACAAUGAAUGUGGGCAUGUCGGUGGAGUACGUCGAGAUGGGUUUCACAGGUGUCAAGGAAUACAACACCUAUCCUCAAUCCCAACUGCAUACACAGUGGCCUGGCACCGGCUUGAGGGGCGACCCUACUUUCGACCAGUUCCAGCAAAGCUUCAUCCCAUACACAAGUAGUUAUGUUUCUCAGGAGCUGGCCAUCCGCACCGCUGGCUGCGAGUUGCUAUCUCUCAUCGGCGUCAAGUCGUACCUGGUGUCACAUUCCCUGGGUUCCAAGCUUGCUCUCGUAAUCUCCAAUGACUGCCCUCAAUAUCUCGCCGGCAGCAUCAACCUCGAGCCAUCGACAAUUCCCUUCUGGGCCUACGGCUAUGGGCUUGGAGGCCGCUCUGCCAAUCCGUGGGGUCUCACCAACACUCAAGUCGAUUACGAGCCCGCCGUUGCGGACUCGGCCGAGCUCGCAGAUGAGAUCGAGUCUGUGGGUAAUGAGACGUUGGCGCUUCGCAACUGCUACCGCCAGAAGGAACCGGCGCGCCAGCUUCCCAAGAUUUCCAGCGUGCCUUAUGUGGCAUUGACGGGAGAGGCCAGUGUGCACAUCACCUACGAUCACUGUAUCAUCGACUAUCUGAAGCAAGUCGGAGGGAACCCCGAGUGGAUCAAGUUGGGUGACAUUGGUAUCAAGGGCAACGGCCACUUUGGUCACCUUGAGAUGAACAACCUCGACAUUGCAUCUGUCGUUCACGGAUGGGUCAAGAAGAAGCAAGGCUGGUGGUGGUAA